GUUGAGGGUCAAACCCAAGCCCAACCCGAUCUCAAGAGAACCUGGUUUGCAGCUGACUAUACCCAACUCAGAUUUGCCUAACCUGAAUCCAAUCCAGAGUCCUCUGUACUCGAACCCAACCAGACAUGACCUGACCCAAACAUGUGAUUUUUCCUAACCCAAACCUAACCCGAAUUCAAAUCAGGCUAGCAUUUUUCAACCUGAACCCAACCCAAGGACCUUGAGAACCUGACCCAACCUAACCCGAACUCGAGUUGGGUCUGUUGGGUUUGGCUUGAAGCGAGCCCAAGUUGCAGCUCUGGGUGCAGAGCAGAGACAUGACCUCUCAUAGAACUCAAUAGUUGAGUGAAUCUUGCUAUCUGUAUUACAAUGCAAACCUUUCUCUGCCAAUCACGUCUCUUCAAUGCUUCCAAUUCAAUCCCUUCGAUAAAUCACAUUGCAAAGCUCUCCAACCCCAAAUCUUCUAUACCCAGAAGCCAAAAUCCCACCCAGUCUGCAACACCCACAAUCCAAAAUCCAAACUCCUCCACUCCCAAUGCUUCAAAAGGAGCUGAAAUUCAAGACCCAAUUUUCAGAAUCAUCAAGCUCUGCAAAUCUGGUCGGCUGGCCAGAGCCAUGGAGGCCCUGGAGUCAAUGGAAGAGAAGGGAAUUACACCCAACUCCAGUGUAUAUUCCUCUCUCUUGGAUGUUUGCACCAAGAAAAAGGCCUUGAGAGAAGGAAAGUUUGUACACUACCACCUUCAGAGGCAUGGUUUUGAAAGAGAAUUUCCAUUGAGAAUCAAACUAGCUCUCAUGUAUGUUUCUUGUGACAGCUUGGAUCAAGCUUCCUUGAUCUUUGAUAGAAUUUCAAAGCCAACUGUUUUUUCAUGGAAUACCAUGCUCAUUGCUUAUGUGCAGAAGGGUCUGUGUGAAAAGGCUUUGGACUUGUUCCAUGUCUUGCAUCAGAGAGGCUUAAAACCUGACAAAUUUACAUUUUCAACUGUGUUAAAGGUAUGCUGUUUGUUGGAUCUUUUGGAACUGGGCCAGCAGCUUCAUGGUCUUUUAGUGAAGAUGGGUUUUGAUCAGAAUGUGGUUCUGAUGAGUGCAUUGGUUGUCAUGUAUGCCCAAUGUGGUGCAAUCGAAGUUUCACGGAGAGUGUUUGAUGAAAUGCCUCAAAGAGAUGUUGUGUCAUGGAAUUCGAUGAUCACGGCUUACUCAGAGGUAUGGCGGUCGGAUGAUGCAUUGGAUCUGUACAGUCAAAUGUGGGCAGAUGGUAUAAAGCCAAAUGAAACAACGGUUGUGGGUGCUCUUCGUGCUUGUUCGAGGUCAGCGUACUUGCGACAAGGACAAAAGAUUCAUGCCCACGCGAUAAAAAGUGGGAUUGAAUCGAACAUAUACAUAGCGAGUACACUGGUUGAUGUCUACGUUGAAUCGGGUGUUUUAGAUGAUUCAAUUGACAUCUUUAAUAGGAUGAAACACAGAAAUGUGGUAACUUGGACGGCGAUCAUCGCCGGUUAUGGAAUGAGUGGUAAAGGCCACGAAGCUCUCACAUUGUUUCAUCGGAUGAUGGAAGAAGGAUUGAGACCCAACCAUAUCACCUUCGUUGCUGUUCUCUCUGCAUGUUCUCAUUCAGGUCUUGUCACUGAAGGAAAGGACUACUUCAAUUCAAUGAGCGAACUUUAUGGAGUGAAACCCAUGUUAGAACAUUACUCUUGCAUGGUUGAUAUCUUAGGCCGAGCGGGAUUGUUUGAUGAAGCAGUCAAAUUUAUAAAGAAAAUGCCUCUAGAGCCUGAUUGUAGAGUAUGGGGAGCCUUGUUGGGCGCCUGUAGGAUUCACUGCAAUGUCGGACUAGCUGAGAUUGCCGCGGCCCACCUUUUCGAGCUAGAGCCACAUAAUGCGGGCAACUACAUACUGCUGUCGCAAAUCUAUGCAUCGACUAGUAGAUGGACCGAUGCUGAAAAGAUGCGGGUUUUGAUGCAUGAGAGAGGAGUGAAGAAGAGGGCAGGGUGUAGUUGGAUUGAAGUUAGAGAUCAAGUCCAUUCAUUUACAUUGGCAGAUACAACACACCCAAUGUCAGAGAAGAUCUAUAGUUACUUAGAUAGACUACUUAGAAAAAUCAAGGAUGUGGGUUAUGUGCCUGAUACCAAUCUGGUGGGCCAUGAUAUUAAAGAUAGUGAGAAGGAGCUUGUUCUUAGAGGGCACAGUGAGAAGCUAGCCAUUGCUUUUGGGCUGAUAUCCUAUCCGUCAAAAGGAAUUCCUAUCCGCAUCACAAAGAACCUGCGUGUGUGUGAUGAUUGCCACAAUGCGACCAAGUUGAUAUCGAGGGUCACAGGCAGGGAUAUCAUCGCUAGAGAUGGGAAUCGGUUUCAUCAUUUCAGUGAUGGUGUUUGUUCAUGUGGAGAUUAUUGGUGAAACAGAACACAGCAGUACUUAUACUUUCAAGUUUUCAACCUUUGCAUGACACAAAGGCGUUGGAUGCUUAGUGAAUUACAUGUAAGCUUUCGAGAAUCUGAGGUCUAUUAUUAAGUGGUUAGAAAGUGCUCGACUUUGGAGUAUUUACAAUUUGCUAGGGUUUUCAGUUUGUACAAGUGUGGCCAACGAUUCUAGAGAUCCAAUUGUGGAUAUGAUGGCAGUAACUUGUGGAUCACAAACAUUGAAUAUUUUUCCUUUCUCAGUUGAAUGCAGACAAUUGUU